AAAAUGUAAAUGUGGACUUCUUCCGGAGUAACCUGUGACCUAUUAUAGCAGAAUUUUUGUUGACUCUGUUUCACAGAAAUAUCUUCUCAUCCUAAAGACUUUGCGGAUGUUUCUGAGGACUUCUCCACAUUCAUGGGCUCCUCGAUUGACUUCUAACAGGGGGGGGGGGGCAAUAGUCAAGGUGAAGUUGGAGAAGAAAGAUGGAUAUUCAGAGGAUGCUAAACAGUGUGAUUUUCUACCGGACCCAAAUACAUUACGUUUGCUUGCUCUACCGUUUUCGCUGCUGAAGGCUUUGCUGCACGCGGAGGAGAGGAGACAGAGAAUUGCCUUUUAAGCAAUGCAAGAUUUUCCAGAAUCGAAGUCAAAUUCUUCAGAAUCAAUCAGUACCAGCAUUGCAGUCCAAAAAGAAAACAGCAAUGAUGCAAAAAUCAUUGCACCCUACGGUUCCUGGAAGUCCCCUAUCACGUCUGACCUGGUCUCCGGCUCUGAUAAGUUCCUCUUUGGCAUCUCUGUUGACUGCUUCGGCCACCUCUUUUGGGUAGAGUCCCGACCCAACGAAUCAGGGCGAUUGGUGCUGGUUAAGCAAGGAGAAAAAGAAGGGGACAAGCCAAUAGAUAUUACCCCAAAGGAGUUCUGUGUUAGGUCGGUCACUCAUCAGUUGCAAGGAGGAGCCUUUUGUAUUUCAGGCGACACAUUAUUCUUCUCCAAUUACAAGGAUCAAAGACUCUACAGGCAGUCAAUCUCGUCAAAAGAUUCUACUCCUGUGCCAAUUACUCCAGAUCAUGGCACUCCGCUUGUGUCUUAUGCGGAUGGAGUUUUUGACUCGCGGUUUAAUCGUUACAUAGCAGUACAAGAAGACUGCCGUGAAAGUAGCAUGAAUUCUAUCACAACUAUAGUAUCCAUCAAUGUUGACAAUGAAAGUAUCCAAGACAUUGCAGAACCAGAAGCGUUGGUUGCUGGCAGUGAUUUUUACGCUUUCCCGCGCAUGGAUCCAAAAGGAGAGCGGAUGGCCUGGAUUCAGUGGAACCAUCCUGAUAUGCCAUGGGACAGAUCAGAACUUUGGGUUGGCUAUAUAGGUGAUGAAGGGGAAAUGCAGAAAAGAAUCUGUGUUGUGGGUGGUGAUCAAAUGGUUGUGGAAUCUCCAACUCAACCUAAGUGGUCUCCUCAAGGGGAGCUAUUCUUCAUCUCUGAUAGAGAAACUGGGUUUUGGAAUCUUUACAAAUGGGCGGAAUCUACCAAUCUGGUGGUUCCAGUUUUCCAAUUGGACGCUGAGUUUGCAAGACCUAUGUGGAAUUUCGGUAUGAACUCAUACGACUUUAUUGAGGACAAAGAUCAGAAAAGCUUAAUUGCCUGCAGUUACAGAAUGAUGUGCAGCCAAAAUGGGAAGUCAUAUCUUGGUAUUCUGGAUCCUGUUCAAUGCACAUUGUCACCGAUUGAUCUUCCGUUCACAGAAAUAACUAUGAUACUUAUACAGACUUCUGGGAUUCACUGCCUAUAUAUUGAGGGAGCUUCUGCAGUUGAUCCAUUGUCAAUAUCUAAGGUGACUUUAGAUUAUCAGAAAUCAAAAGCAGUUGAUUUCAGGAUUACAUGGUCCUCUUCUCGUAUUUGCUCAGCAUAUAAAUCAUAUUUUAGUAUGCCAGAACUGAUAGAGUUUCCAACCAGUGUCCCUGGUCUGAGUGCAUAUGCAUACUUCUACCCACCGAGCAAUCCAAUAUAUCAAGCUAAUCCAGAAGAGAAGCCUCCAUUACUUUUGAAAAGCCAUGGAGGGCCUACUCUGGAGACACGUGCAAUCUUAAACCUUGGUGUUCAAUACUGGACAAGUCGUGGUUGGGCAAUUGUGGAUGUUAACUAUGGUGGAAGUUCUGGCUAUGGCCGAAGAUAUCGAGAAAGGAUAUUAGGACAGUGGGGAAUAGUUGAUGUCAAUGAUUGUUGCAGUUGUGCAAAAUUUUUGGUGGAUAGCGGAAAAGUAGAUGGUGAACGGCUUUGUAUUACUGGGGAAUCAGCUGGUGGGUACACCACUCUAGCAGCUCUUGCAUUCACAGAAACAUUUAAAGCUGGAGCUUCCUUGUUUGGUAUUGCUGAUCUGAAUUUGCUGAAAGAAGAAAUGCACAAGUUCGAAUCGCACUAUACCGACAAUCUUGUUGGAAGCGGAUCUGCGUACUUUGAGAGAUCACCUAUAAAUUUUGUAGAUCAAUUUUCUUGCCCUGUGAUUCUAUUUCAAGGAUUAGAAGACGAGGUUGUCCCUCCUGAUCAAGCACGAAGAAUCUAUACUGCAUUGACGGAGAAAGGGUUGCCUGUUGCUCUUGUGGAGUACCAGGGAGAAGGGCAUGGUUUUCGGAAGUACUUCUCAUGUUAUGCAGGCUGAAACCAUCAAGUUUACCCUCGAACAACAAAUGGUGUUUCUUGCCAGGAUGGUGGGACAUUUCGACGUAGCAGAUGAAAUCACUCCCAUCAGAAUUGAUAACUUUGACUGAGGCGUCCGUAGUUGAUGUUGGAGUCCGCUAUUACGGCUGAUACAAACCUUUACUGCACAUUUUUUGUAUGAAGAAUUUUACGCAGCACUGAUGAUUAUUCUGUGCAGCUGGAGUCUGCUAUAACUACUUGUGUUCAGAGCCGCCUGAUUCUGAUUCAUGCACUCGGACGUUACCACCAAGAGCGUGGAAAUCUUGGGUGCUCUUCUCGACCAACUAUGCCCAUAGACCAUAUCCAUGAAUGAUUUAACACGAGAGAAAAAAUAAUGAAAGGUAUCAGGGUUUACAUUUGCUGAUCUCAUUCCUCAUUCUUCAAUGACUUGCCAUCUUUUUCAGCCAUCAAUCAUCCCUUGGAUGAAUUUUCCUCAUAUUGCGGCCAGGUAAGGAAGAAUGUAGAAUUUCAGCUUCGCCGAUGCAAGAUGCUAUUUUUGGUCCCUGAGGCAGGAAAGGCGAACUCGAGAAAGCCGUAAGGCACUAAUUUUCUCACCUAUUUGAUCCUUUUAUGAAAAGGCUGCGUAAGCGCUAUCUGCCAUAUUGCCAUUUUUUCUUAAACGCACAAUCCAAAUGCUGUAACAGAUACCUUUUCUUAGUGAAAAUAGCAGAAAAGAUUCCUUCAAGAAAAAAAAAGAAGGCAGAAAAGAAACAA